AUGGCAAAACCUAUCACUUUCCUCUCUUUUUUUCUCCAUCAUCGUGGUGUGUGCUUUACUCUGUUUCACGCCACGUCUUCUCACAAGACUUUCAGGAUUAAGCGAUUCCUGGCCAAGAAACAAAAGCAAAAUCGUCCCAUUCCCCAGUGGAUUCAGAUGAAAACUGGUAAUAAAAUCAGGUACAACUCCCAAAGGAGACAUUGGAGAAGAACCAUGCUGGGUCUGUAA